AUGGUCAAGGCCAUGGUAGUCGGUGUGCAAGGCUCCGACCUUCCUGGCUUGCCAUGGCUUGCAGCUUGCAUCAUGGCAGCAAGUGUCGCGACGCUGGGGAGGGCAAUGUGCCGCCGCAACGGUGCCCCAGAAGCCCUACGCGUACAGUGUCCACCAAAUUGCGAGACGGGCCUUGACAAGAAGCCACGAAACGUCCCUGAAGCUUGA